AUGCACAUAAUAUGUCAUUGGAAACCAAUUUGCAAUGCACAUAAUAUAUCAUUGGAAACCAAUUUGCAGAAUCCAAGUGACGUGUUCCCGGCCGAACUGCCACGCAAUAACAUGUAUCUACACACCAAGGAGGUUCAAGUUGAAGUCGUCGGUGGUGGGCCCAUCGCUGUUGCAUUGGCUGGAGGCGCCGCCUUUGGAUGUGAUCACACUGGGUUUCUUGCCGGCAUUUGUCAUGUCUUCAUAGUGCUUCCGCAUGUGGCCACCCAAAGCUUGGCCAGUGGUAAAAGUCUUGUUACAGACGUUGCAUUUGUGAAUCCUACCGCUUGGGUUGAGAUGAGAGAUACUAGAGGUGUUGGUGAUUGCAGUAGUGGGGGCGAAUUGAGACCGAUCACGGUGGCUGGUUUUAUGGCCGCCGAGUGCUUGGUAUGA